GUUACGUCAGGGCGUUAGGACUCCAUUAGAGCUGCAGCUGUUUUGAGAGAAACAACAACAAAAACGGGCUAACUGUCACGGCUACUGUAGUGACAGUCCGCUCUCAGCCCGACAACGAGGCCUUAAAUCUGGAAGCUUAAUCUUCAUUUCCCACCCGGAGCUCCGCCGGCUUCUAACCACGGCCGCUCUCGGUGAGGAAACUCUGGCCUCCGCUUCCUCCUCCUCCGACUCGGACACCGGCGGAGCGUCGCCGCCCCCGCGGAAGAAGCACCGAGCCUCGGCGGCGGAGGGAGCAGGAGAGCCCGGGGCUUCAGCAGUUGUAACAGGCCUCUCUGGAGUUGUCCUAGGACUUGCUACGCACUCUCCGCACUCUCAAACCACCUCUGCCAUCCACUUUAACCGAAGUGUUGUCAACAACCUCAGCAGCAGCAUGCAGGCAAACGGGGCAGGACAGGGACAAGAAUCCUCAGAGCUUUCCUGCCUAAACAGCGCACAAAACGGGGAGUCAUCCUCUGCCGGCGGAACCCACUCCAAUGGGCUUCUCUCCAGCACAGACAACGGGAAUAGUGUCGGUACCAGUAACGGGUCCUCAACCGGGCCCGGUUCGGGGACUUCGGCUGCCUCUACGACCUCGGGCUCGGAGGUCGGUUCGCUGAAAAAGAAAAAACGACUAUCGCAGGCGGAGGAAGAUGUCAUACGAUUAAUAGGGCAACAUCUCCACGGACUGGGGCUGAAUCAGACAGUGGACCUGCUGAUGCAGGAGUCAGGCUGCAGACUGGAACACCCCUCAGCUACCAAGUUCCGCAACCAUGUCAUGGAGGGGGAAUGGGACAAGGCUGAGAAUGAUCUCAAUGAGCUGAGAGCACUGAUGCAUUCUCCCAACGCUAUUGUGCGAAUGAAGUUCCUGCUGCUGCAGCAGAAGUACCUAGAGUACCUGGAGGACGGCAAAGUCCUGGAGGCUCUGCAGGUGCUCCGGGGAGAGCUGACGCCUCUCAAGUACAACACAGACCGCAUCCACGUACUCAGCGGGUACCUAAUGUGUAGCCAUGCUGAGGAUCUGAGGGCCAAGGCAGAAUGGGAGGGCAAGGGUACUGCCUCCCGCUGCAGACUGCUGGACAAAUUACAGACAUACCUGCCACCCUCUGUGAUGCUGCCCCCGCGGCGGCUGCAGACCCUGCUGCGACAAGCAGUGGAGCUGCAGAGGGACCGCUGCCUCUAUCAUAACACCAAGCUGGACAGUAACCUGGACUCAGUCUCUCUCCUUCUCGAUCAUGUCUGCAGCAGGAAGCAGUUCCCCUGUUACACCCAGCAGAUUCUGACAGAGCACUGUAAUGAGGUGUGGUUCUGCAAGUUCUCAAACGAUGGCACCAAACUAGCCACUGGCUCCAAAGACACUACUGUCAUAAUUUGGACAGUGGACCCGGAGAGCCACCAGUUGAAGCUGCUGCGAACCCUAGAGGGUCAUGCAUACGGAGUCUCCUACUUAGCCUGGAGUCCCGAUGACACCUACCUAAUCGCCUGUGGACCUGAUGACUGCUCUGAGCUUUGGCUCUGGAAUGUUCAGACGGGGGAGCUGCGGACCAAAAUGUCCCAGUCCCAUGAAGACAGUCUGACCAGUGUGGCCUGGAACCCCGAUGGCAAACGCUUUGUCACCGGAGGACAGAGGGGGCAAUUUUAUCAGUGUGACCUGGAUGGUAACUUGUUGGACUCCUGGGAGGGCGUGAGAGUGCAGUGCCUGUGGUGCCUGAGUGAUGGCAGGACAGUGCUGGCCUCGGACACCCACCAACGUAUCCGGGGGUACAACUUCGAGGACCUUACGGACAGAAACAUAGUUCAGGAGGACCACCCUAUCAUGUCUUUUACUGUUUCAAAGAAUGGAAGAUUAGCUUUGUUAAAUGUAGCAACUCAGGGAGUACACCUGUGGGACCUCCAAGACCGGGUGCUGGUGAGGAAGUACCAAGGUGUGACCCAGGGCUUCUACACCAUCCACUCUUGCUUUGGAGGACACAACGAAGACUUCAUUGCAAGUGGUAGUGAAGACCACAAAGUGUACAUCUGGCACCGGCGUGGUGAGCUUCCCAUUGCUGAGCUAACAGGCCACACACGCACCGUUAACUGUGUGAGCUGGAACCCAGCCAUCCCAGGACUCAUGGCUUCCGCCUCAGACGAUGGCACAGUGCGUGUCUGGGGUCCUGCACCCUUCCACGACUCGCAAGAGGCGGAUGGACUCAACGAGAACUGCAGUAACAUGGACAGUUGAUGGUCACUCAUGGAGCAAAUGGCAUCUCUCUUUGACAACAAUCCAAGGAUCCCACAAUAAAACAAAAUCUAAACGGGCAAACAAAAUCUAACAACCUAAAGAAAGUCAAGAAUAAGAAACAGAAGCCACCAAGACAAAAGAGAAAACAAAAAGUGAGAAAAACUUGUCUCCUGACUGGCCUAGACACAAUGGUGGAGGUGAUGACGGACACUCUGAAAAUUCAAGUCCUCAUCCAAAACCUGAUCCUGACCCAGAUGCCUGGAAAACCAGUCAAUGCUCAGCGGGAUACCACCGCCAUCCACUGGUGAGCUGUAACAGGCUGUUCUCCUCCUCCAACUGACCCUUCUCCCCCCCGAUCUUGCUGCAUGGUCACCAGCCAUGCCAGGUCCUCGUAGAGUUUCCCAGGAAACCCACCUCCACCUUGAGCUUGGAGUACAUCAAGUCCCUGUGAUGCCUCCAGACAGACACGGCAGACCAGCCGUCUACUCAUUGGACUACAUCUGUCUGCCUGUUUUGUCUUUCACGUUACCUGUAUAAUGUCUCCAUGGACAUGGGUGGGGUGUUGCUGGGGGAGGAUGGUGCAUAGGGGGAUAUAGCAACUCUUCUGUAUGUAUGUUUUUCCUCUUCCCCUCUUUCUUGCUAUAUUCUUCGCAUUUGAAAUGUUGGACAAAGGCCGAAAAUCCACCAUCAAAACACUGACCGACCAGCUGACAAAGAACACAAAAACAAGGCUAUGCUAAAUGUUGGAAUUUUUUUUUAUGAUAGUCAUAGCGUUUAUUCUCAUUUAAGAGGUGAAUCUUAGCUUGAGUAGUGCCCGUGGAAAGCUUUAGCGUCAAGAUUCCACUUUCAGUUUCUCGACACUAGGAAAACAAACUUUUUAUUCCUUAAUUUAACUUCUAACAAGGACAGUCGCUGUAAUGUUUCAAACUGACAGCCUCCCCUCCUCCAAAAAAAAACCCCUCUGUCAAGCUAGCUACCGCACAACUCCAUUACAUCUGCCUAAGAGGAGAAGGACAGAGGGAUUCACAGGUCACAUAUCAGCAGUGAGGGGGUCAGACGUUGUCGGUGAGGUGGGGUUUCCACUGUCAGGACAUAUACUAUGACCCUUCUCAGAAGAUAUGCUUUCAGAUGUGAAAGGGUUCAAGUGCAUUUUUAACUGCACACCGGUGACUGCUGUCCCUCCUCUGUCUGUGUGUGUGUGUGUGUAUGUGUGUGUGUGUGUGAGUGAAUGAGUGAGCGAUUAUGCAUACACACAUUGUGAGAGUUGACAUUUUUUGUGGGUGCAGGUCUAAUUGGAGCGUGUGUUUGUAUGUGUGUUCAAUUCACACCAGCAGAAGAUUCUCGCAACUCCCCUCCUCUCUCCCCUACGCUCCUAAUCCCAUAGUAAAAUUGUAAAGAGGAUUUUAAACCAAUUCUAAGUUAUCCAAAGCCCCAUAGGGACCUCUAUCUGUGGAACAAAGACUACUUGAGAGCCAUUUUGUAAAAGAAAACCUUUUUUUUUAAUCUGGGGCUUUGAUUUUUACAUUUGACGUUUAUUUUUUUUUCUCUCCUUACCACGUGGCAUUCAAAUGGCACUGAGUUAUUGGCAUCCAAUCACCUUUGUGGGGAGAAAAAGAAAAGGAAAUAUAAGAAAUAGCAGUUGGUUCGAGGCAUGUUUCAAAAGACUGUAAAGUGUUGUGUUAUUAGCAAAGGGUCAUUUCAUAUGAGGAGUCAUUGAUUGUAAUUACUGGACGAGUAGCUAGCACGGCCCUAGAGAGAAGAGGCACCAAUAUCCAGAACCACGCUCUGAGCCCACAGUGUUAGGGAGUGUCAUUGCAAUCCUGAAACACACACAAACUGCCUUCCUGUUCAUACAGUUGCACACAAACCUUCAGUAUGUAUGACACCCUCCCACUGCACUUUGAGUGGUCUUUUUGCUCUCUUGCACCGACUGCAAUGGCAUAAAUCCGUAAGGUUCUCAUCGCCUCAUGGUCGCCACACUUUGCCGUUCUUUUGGCUGAAAAGGUUGCAUUGGCAAAGACUUAAAACCUAACAGGAGAUUGCUAAAGGAUUCAAGCCCUCUUUAUGCCUCUAUGCACCCAAAAGCAGUGACUGAUUUAUCUAGUAGACAUUAUUAAACUCAACCUCUCGCAUAUAAGGCAUAGCAGCCUCAUCUCGAGGGUACCGCUCUUGGAGCUUAGAGAGAACACAGCAUUAACUCCCCCUUUGCUCUCCAGCCAAGUUAUUCAGUGGUCAGUGCACCAUUCAAAGCUUUCUUCCUCCCUUUUUCAGGGUAUGUAAUGACUAUUUGCUACAGACUGAUAUACAGUAAAAAUGUUUAAAAACAGUGCUUUUCUGUCUGUUUUUAUUGAACUUUUUUGUUACUUAAAUUUUUUGUUCACAUUAUAUCAUUUUUGGUUGACCUCUAUCCCUGUAUGAUCAUAUUAAAAUAUAACCAGACA